AGCAACGUAUAUGAGAGUGUUUCUCCCCUGUUUUUGGUAAUCGAUCUUGACUAAACUCCUUGAAAACAAGAAAAAACAUUUUGUACAAUCUAUGGUAUGGUGGUAUGAACUGUGUUUUUGAACUUGCUAUGGUUAUGGCACGUGGAGGUUCAGUGCGUUACGUUAAAUGUGACUUGAUUGAGGAAGAAACUCGAAAGAAAAACAGUGUAUCAGUCUUCAUUAUCCGGAAAUAGAAUAUCCAUACAGGUUCUAUAAAUGAUGCAGAAUUUAGUGACUAGCAAAAUGUGCUAUCAGGUUAUCAAGGACAACUCUAUUCCAAGAAGUUUCUGAUACAUCAAGUGAUCAAUAUUGAUGGAUAAAAUCAGUGAUGACAGAGUAAUGGAUGAUCCUGCUGUUGAAGUUCGGGUUAUAGGAGGGCCAAAGGGAAAAGGCUUGUUUGCUGUGAAGCCUUUCAAGGCGGGUGAUGUUAUUUUUGAGGAGAGACCAUUGGUUUGCUGUCAGUUUGCAUGGAAUGCUGCAUAUGGUUACCUAGCAUGUGAUUUUUGUAUGAGACCACUUGAGGGAGCUCAGGAAAAUGUUCGAAGACUUACAGGCAAGAAGGAUCUUGUGUUACCAUAUCCACAGUGCUGUCCCACAAACAAAGAGUCUCACACUCAGUGUCCAUCAUGUGGGGUUCAGUACUGCAGCACCAUCUGUAAAGAUCAGGCUUGGAACCUGCACCAUAGGACCCUGUGCCUUCAGUCACAUUCACGCAAUGUUAACCAUCCUUUGGAGCAACUGAAUGAAACUUGGAAGUACAUGCACUAUCCUCCUGAAACCGCUUCAGUCAUGAUUCUGGCUCGAAUGAUUGCUACAGUUCAGCAAGCAGAGGAUCCAGCCAGUGCUUUGAACAUGUUCAUGCAGUUCUGUCAUAGAACUGUGAAUGAAGAAGAGGCGAUAGCACACAAGUUGCUAGGAGAGCAGUUCAGGAGGCAGUUGGAGGUGCUGCGAGAGCUGAUUUCACUUGCUCUGUACAGUGAUAUUGUGCACCAGUGGCUCUUGCCAGAUGGAUUCCAGUCCCUUGUGGCACUAGUGGGAACUAAUGGACAGGGUGUUGGUACGAGCCCGUUCAGUGAAUGGGUGAGGAAGGUCUCUGAACUGGAGCUUCCAACAGAUGACAAACAGCAGCUGGAUUCAUUCAUUGACAAGGUGUAUGAGGAUUUGAAUGAAGAGGUUGGUAGUUUCCUUAACAGUGAGGGCUCUGCACUGUAUGCCCUGCAGAGUGUGUGCAACCACAGCUGUGACCCUAAUGCAAUGCCCAGCUUCCCACACAGCAAUUUCCAGCUUGCCAUGUGUGCUGUGAGGGACAUUGCUCCAGGAGAUGAGAUACUCAUUAGCUACUUAGACGAGUGUGUCCUAGAGAGAAGUCGACACAGCAGGCUCAAGUUGCUUAGGGAAAAUUACAUAUUCACAUGUCAUUGCUCAAAAUGUGAGACUCAGGCUGGUGAUCUCGAUGUGACAAGUGAAGAUGAGUCUGAUGAUGAAGUUGAGGAUGAUGGAGGAGGAUAGUCAGGGAUCAGUACACAUAUACUGUAGCUUUAUGUGACAUUCCAUUGUUCAUUGUACUUUUUCUUUCCAGAAAAUAUUUUUGAAAAUUUAAAAUCUAUUGCAAUAAUGAAAGCUGAUAGAGACCUUGUUAGCCUGUUAUUACUCAAGAUUAAACCAGCAAGUAGCCCCAAUGAUUGUUAACAUUCUGUUAAAAUUGCAUCUGGUGUGGUCCAUUGGUGCAACAACCCAGACGACGGCCAUAUCCUACAAAUUAGGUUUUGUUUUGAAAUGUAAAUUAGUACUAGUUACAAUACAGACACAAUAGAAGUUUCACCAUACAAUACAGAAUUUCUUCAUGGUAGAAUUAAAAAGAAUAAACAUGUUAGUGAGUCCAUUGACUAUCUUGUCUUCUAGUAGUACUUAACUGUUGGCGUAGAUCACUACUAACUUUGGGUGUGGCUUGUCAUAGUAGAUAAUGCUGUCCAUCACAGGAUUUUGACCCAAAGUCGGUUUACUGUGGGGAUGGGUAGAUGGAUAAUCUAUGCAGGUAUACAGUCUGUAGUCUAAAGACAGUUUCAGCCUUUUUAUGUGAUGGGUCAGGGAUUAGUUUGAUAUUUCCAUCUGCAGGCUGUCAUAAUUUUAGAUCAAGAAAUGCAGAUAUUAGAAAGGUGUUCAUAUUCACGAAGUAUAUACAUAUUUAUGUACCUACACGAAGUACAGCACAUGAAAAACUUUGUGAUAAGUAUAGCUGAAACAUCCAUUAUAUUCUUUCAUGAGGUAACGUUAUUGACACAACAUUCCUAAUAGCAAGUCAUGAAGAAACCCUACAUAGCUGCUCUUGGGUUUGGUUAUGUGAAUAAGUAUGUGCAUGCAUUUUAUGGUCCAAAUUAUCGAGCUUGCAUUAAGGCUGAAAUCUAUCAAAUGCAGAAAAUACUAUGUCUAGCAGAUUUUUUGUUACA